AACAAUAAAAGUUAUUCUAUCCAACCCUUUACAUUCGUUAAAUAUUACUACUAAAAUGCAAUACAAAUUAUUAGCUACCGCUGCUUUAGCCUCCACCGUUGCUGCUGCUUCUUCUGGUGUCCCAGCCAACUCUACCGAAACCGUCACCGACUUAUCCACCACCUUAGUCACUAUCACCCACUGUGAAGAAAACAAGUGUUCCGCCACUGUUUCUCCAGCUCUUAAGUCUGUUGCUACCGUCACCGUCCAAGGUGUCGAAACUGUCUACACCACUUACUGUCCAUUGACUUCUGAAGAAGCUGCCAAGUCUACUCUUUCUACCAUCACCACCACUGUCGAAGGUGUUGAAACCGUUUACACUACCUACUGUCCAUUGACUGAAGAAGAAACCGCUGCUCCAGCUGAAACCCCAGCUCCAGCUCCAGAAAAGGAAUCUUCUGCUCCAGCUCCAGCUCCAGAAGCUCCAAUCACCUCUGUUGUUGAAGCCGUCACCACUCCAGUUGCUACUGUCAGUGAAGCCGGUGAAUCUACCGUCUACAUUCAAUCUACCCUUUACACCUCCCUUGCUAACAAGACUGCUCCAGUCUCUGAAUUCGAAGGUGCUGCCGGUAAGCAAGCCGUUGCUGGUUUCGCUGCUGUUGCUGGUUUAGUUGCCGCUUUAUUGUAAGCGUGUUAAACUUUUUAAGAAAAGAUACCCUGAAAAGAAAAGUUUCUAUUUAUUUUCUUUACUAAUUUAGAUUUUUAGUGCAGUUCGGUUUUUUGCGGUUUAGUUACAGAAUAAUUGUAUAUAUGACAAAUGUAUUCUACUAUUUGUUUAUAUUAAUACUAUAGUACAAACCAUGGUUUAUAUAAAAUUAAUUAAUUGUCUUCUGGAACUCUAAAUCUCAUCUGUUGCCCUUCAGAAUAGAUGAAAUUCAAGGUAGAUUCAAACAUGCCUUGGGAAGUUAACUCCAAAUACUUCUUAUACAACAUCAAUGCAGUGUAGGCGUCUUCAAUGGAAUCAUGAUUAUUACUCUGCACCUUCUCUUUCAACAACACAUAUGCCAAAAACUUAAGACCCAAUUGUCGUUUGAAAUCGCUCUUGUAAUAAAACUCAGCAGUGUCCCGUAUUUGCUUUUUAGGAACUUGUAAAUUAAUACAACGGAAAUCAUUGUACAACCCAUGGCCAACAAACACAACUCCUAAAUUCAACAAUAACCAAAGCUUACGGUAUGCGGUUUGUAAAGUGACCAAAUUUUUAGCCGACCUAAUAGGGUCCAAGUCCAGAUCUUCAAUCCCAGAGAAACUUGUCAAAUAAUCGUGGAUCUUGGCUGUGUGAACGACAUAAUCAUCAAUGAACGCAGUUUCUUCUUCACCUCGCAAUACCGACACUCUUGCCAAUGAAAGUAUCUUGGGUUUGAUCAAUUUCUUAAACCCGUCAUAAUGCACUUCCAAUAGUUCGGGAUUCAAUAACACAAAUUCAGCAUCAAUGGCAACAAGUGUAUCUGCCUUAGGUGCUUCUUGCUUCGUCAACAACUCAUACUCUUUUUUGUAGCCUUCCCUAAUAGUUCCCGCAAAAUGAUCCCGAUAAAGGAUAGAAUCGUUCAAGUUAGGUAACUUGCCAAAUGUCUCUAUAUUGAAAUAUUCAAAUGGAGUUUGGGCAAUAGAUGAUUCUUGAUAUAUGACAACAACCGGUUUCUUCCACGGAGAAGAUAAAUCAAGCACUUCUUCCUCUGGUAUAGGCAUAACCAAGAAAUCAUUAAACAAAUACCAUUGGUCUAACUUCACAAAUGUGACCAACCCAUGCAUGCCCAAGGC